AUGAAUAAAAAUGGUGAAAGUGGAGAAGAAACAACAGUACGUCUAAGAGAAAAGAAACUACUACCAACAACAACAACAGCAACAACAACAAAUAUGACAGAUAUAAAUUCUUCUCCUUCUACCGUACAAAACGGAAAUAUGACAUCGACAACAACAAUGAACUCAUCAUCGUCAACGCAAUCUACAACAGCAACCUUCGAAAAUGCAUUCUUUUUUGGUUUAACAAUUGAUGACGCUUUAAAUUCAUCCGAAAAUCUCAUUGAACUGUUUUAUAACGCAUGUAAAUACAAUCAUUUCGAUUUAGUGAAAAAAUGUGUCGAAGAUAAAAAUGUGAACGUGAAUGAACCGUAUAACAAUGAUUAUCCAUUGUGUAUAGCUAGUCAUAAAGGUCAUUACGAUAUUGUGAAAUAUCUCUUGGAACACAAUGCCGAUGUCCAUUUAAAACGUGAAUUAAAUUUGAUGACAACUCGUGGUAAUCAUCGUUUAUCUCGUGCUAAUUUACAUUAUGGUGAUAGUCCAUUAUCAUUGUCCGUUAAAUAUGGUUUUGAAGACAUUGCAAUUUUGUUAGUUGAACAUGGUAGUGAUAUAUUGAAUGAAAAUUAUGAUUUUGAAAAAUCACCAUUACAAGAUGCCAUACGUUUGAAUCGAAAUAAAGUUUUAAUAAAAUUGAUUGAAAAAUUAAAGAUAACUACACCAUCAGAAUCAAAUGAAAAUUUGUUAUUACAAAAGAAGGGCGAUAUUUUACGACAAUGUUUAAUUAAUGAUCAAAUUGAGGCUUUGAAAGUGUUUGUACCCAAUGUUUGGGAAGAGUUAAAUGGUGACUUUAUUUUUGCUGUGUUGAAUAAUUUGAUGUUAAAAAAUAAAAUACAAUCGGAUAAAGCAUUUGAUGUGUUAGAAGCGAUUCUAGAAGCGAUACCAUCGAUCAAAUUGAAAAUGUACGAUAUUGGUGAUUUAUUAAAACGUUUUUUACAUGUAUUACAAGCUCAAUUUUUGACAAUUAAUGAUGAUAGAAUACAAAUACUUUAUUUAAGGACAUCAUUAUUAUUUACUAUAUUAAAAUAUCACGAUACGGUUGAUUUUUCACAAUAUUUAGAUUUAUUAGAUUCUUAUUUUCGUGCAAUAUUUAGUAGUGUUGAAAAUACAGGUGAAGGUAUAAAUCAAAUAUAUGAAUAUAUUAUACGUUUUUAUGAAAAUUUAAUCCUAAUGGGUCAUCUUAUAUUAACAAAUAAUGAUGUUAUUUUAAAAUUACUUGAAUGUCCACAUGUUACACAAAUGCAACCGGCCGAUAUGUAUUUAUCUUGGCGUGCAAGAAAUCCAUUUUUAUUAAAAGAAAGAUGUCGAUUGAUUAUUAAAAAUAAUCUAAAAUCUUUUAAACGUUCAUCAAUAGAAAAAUUAAAAUUGAACGACGAAACAUUUUUAUAUAUGUAUUAUCAACGAUAA